AGGGAAUGAUUACAAUCACAAUAUCCGCCACCUUACCGCAGCUCCGCCCGCCGCCUUGUCCGAACCGAAAAAACUGUCUAGAAGCUUCCAACCACCAGCUAUGGAUCCUCUACGCAGCCCUAGCCCUAAUGUCGUUCGGCACAGGGGGCCUCCGCCCCUGCGUACUCACAUUCGCAGCCGAUCAAUUCGACAUGACCAAACACAACAACAAAAAGAAUUGGAAUUUCUUCAAUUGGUACUAUUUUUGCAUGGGAAUGUCAUCUUUGCUUGCCCUAACAAUUGUUGUCUAUAUUCAAGACAACAUAAGUUGGGGUUGGGGGCUCGGUGUACCGACUAUCGCAAUGGGCUUGUCUUUAGUCGCUUUCGUACUCGGUUCGUCUUUGUAUAGGAAAAUUAAACCCAACGGGAGCCCGUUUGUUAGAGUCGCGCAAGUUGUUUCCGCGGCUUUGAAGAAACGGAAACUGGGCCCACGUCCUAUCGAUCCACGAGCUUUGUACGAGAAUCGUGAGCUCGAUGCUGAUAUCACCACUAAGGGGAGGCUUGUGCAUUCGAAUCAAUUCAAGUGGCUCGAUCGGGCUGCAAUCGUAACCGAUUCCGACACGAAAGAACUAAAACCGGACCAAAAACCGAACCUAUGGAAUCUGGCGACGGUGCACAGAGUCGAAGAGGUCAAAACCAUCAUCCGAAUGCUGCCGAUUUCAUCCGCAUCGAUUCUCCUCGUGGCAUCGAAUUCCCCACUCCAAAGCUUCACAAUCCAACAAGCCCGAACGAUGGACCGGAAUCUAACUCCGGCAUUCCAAAUCCCACCGGCAACAAUGCUAAUAUUCAGCACCCUAACCGCCCUAACAACCGUCCCUCUCUACGAGCGCCUCUUCGUCCCCUUCGCCCGCCGCUUCACCGGAAACCCGUCCGGAAUCACGUGCCUCCAGCGAAUGGGAAUCGGGAUCGGAAUCAACAUUCUCUCCACCAUAGCCUCCGCCGUAAUCGAGACCAAGAGGAAAUCGGUUGCGGCCGAGUACAACCUCCUCGACGAACCGACAGCUGUCAUCCCGAUCAGCGUUUUCUGGCUGGUUCCGCAGUACUGCCUGCAUGGACUGGCGGAGGUUUUCAUGGCGGUCGGGCAUAUAGAGUUUCUCUACGACCAGUCGCCGGAGAGUAUGAGGAGCACCGCGGCGGCGCUGUACUGGAUAGCUAUAGCGAUGGGGAAUUACGUGAGCACGGUUAUGGUGACGUUGGUUCAUAAGUGCAGCGGCGAGACGAGGAACUGGUUGCCUGACCGGAAUCUGAACCGGGGCCGGUUGGAGAAUUUCUAUUGGCUUGUGACAGGUGUACAGGUGGUUAAUUUGGCGUACUACGUUGUUUGCGCAUGGUUUUAUACGUAUAAACCGGUGGAGGAGAUUGAAGUUUGUGAUGAUGUGGAGAUAUAGUGAGAAAUUAGACAUGAUCAAAGAUCAUGAUUUUAAUGUAAUUUUAAAUAAAAUAAAAGAACCGGCGGUUCCCGACACGGGUCGAACCCGAAAGAUCGGUAAUUUAUGGCAAAAUGUAUGUUUAUGUG